AAUUAAUAGGGUAGCUUAAGAUUAGAAGUUCAAGGUCAGACACUAGUGCAAAUUUUCCAAAAGACAGUCUUGAGUUCUUUUGUUUGCCAUGUUUCAAUGUUUGCUUUGCCCAACUCAUUUUUAACGUAAUGGCACGUUGCCUUGCGUUGCAAGGAAAAGGAGUUUUCGCUUUUCAGUGUUAUUCGUAAUCAUUAUAAUAUUUUUCUUUGCAUAAAACUAUGGAAGACAGCCCUUAUUUUCGUUUUUAUUUGGGUGACCAAAAGACUAAACCGAAAGAAUGUUUUGGACAAUUGUCAGUCCAAAAUCAAAGUCACAAAGUAGUUUCGACUUUUGGAACAUUUUUCUUUGCAUGCAUUCUGACUUACAAGAGGCAAAAACAGUAACGAAAUAAACCAUUACAGCCAUAUGACCGAAGGCAUUCUAACACUGUCGGCCUUCUAUUCGGCGAUUGACCUUGCGUCACGUCCUGGUGCAUUGCUGCAUUCUAACUAAACUUGUAAACUGGUAUAAAACCCACCUGAAGGAAGUAACUAGCCGCCUAGUGUUUGAGAACAAGUGUUGUUGCUUUAGGCCUAAUGGCGAAUUACCAUUAACCUUACGAAACACAAACAAGAUCCACACACAACCCCCCAGUAAAGCCAAAGUUUUAAAUUCUAAGCACUCAGUGUAAAGCUACGUGAUUGAAGGCAUUACAAAUAGUCCUGUCUUUUAAAUCUGUUACGUAACGAUUGAUUUCUCUUGAAAUGGACCCAGCCCUGAAGGAACAGUGUUGGUCCUUGCAAUUAGGUCUAGACCACCAAAAUCCAUACGAUUUCGCUAUUUUUUCGUGGCAAUCAAAGAAGUGUAAAGUGUCUGGUUACUACCUCAUCUAUCGGUUCGUGGUUGCAGCUCUUUUCAUAGCGAUUAUCGUUUUCGGUUUGUCCAUAAGCAAACACCCCAAUAGCUGGAUUAUCUAUUUCAGCCAUGUUGGUAUUCUCCUACAAACUUUAUAUUUAAUAAUCGCAGCCGCCAUUCCAGUCCAGCUUCUCUUAAAUCCUUCCAAAGAUGGCGUUGAGACCCAACUGUCUCUUUUGCCCCGCCUUUCUUGGUUCCUUUACAAUGUAACCAAUUUAAUGAGUUUAUGGAUUUCUGCAAUUUUUUGGGCCGGAAUCUCCGUUGUUGAACGAGAACCGAAAGACACGGAUUUUCUUACUCACGGAUUGAACAGCAUAAUGUCAAUAUGUGAUGUGUUCAUCAGUAAGAGGCCGUGCCGUUUAUUGCAUUUUACCCAUUCGUGGGCAAUCUUUGUGCCGGGCUACGUCGUGUUUACUGUCAUCUACUGGGGAGCAGGAGGUCGAAGAGAAAACGGAAUUUCUGCCAUCUACCCAAUUUUGGAUUGGGAUAAUCUCAGUGUGACCAUUCCGUGCGUGACAGUGGGACUGACUUUGGGUUUGCUUUUUAUCCAUGGGUUCGUGUGGAUGCUUCACUUACUCAGAGAUCGCGUGAUCGCCUGCGUGAACAGCCAUAAAAGUGAACCACAGUCUGCGCUUCAGGGCCAAUGGAAUCCUGCCCUUGUUGUCGACGAAGUUGUCGUAGUCGACUUGAAAAUUCAAGCCUAAUCUUUUUAUGCGUCGAGUUGGAUUAAUUGCGUUUCUCCGUAAAUGGCUACGUUAAGCAGCAAGAAGAUUUAUGGUGAGGCAUAACGGACUUGGGAAACAAGAAGCGACUUCACCAUCGCCCUGAAACAAUGAUAAACAAUGCGCCAUCUUCUGUUUCUACUGAAUAACUUUCAAAUUAGUUUAUAAGUGAUUAAUUACGUAAUAAACGAAAUAAUCCUCCUUUU